CCUUCGCGGAUCCAUACAGGUCUUUCCGCGUUGUACUCGGUCGUUGGUGUAUAUAGCGGUGCGAAGCUUGGCGGAGUAGACCCUCGUCUUGGUUUCAUUCUAUCCCGAAACGGAAUCAAGUCGCGUUUAAGGCCCGAAUUAAGAACACGAUCGACGGCGUGAUGCUCGCUCGUAACGCGUAAGAACACGGUUACGAACGGGCGAAACGAAUGUUCUUGGUCGAUACACCGUCGUACGGAAUACCGUCCGCGCGAGAACCCGACGACAGGCACUGGUCGCCGUACGAACGACGCUUCGAUCCACGUCGACCGAUCUGACUGAUUUUUGGGAUCCGGUCACCGAAAACUUCCAUCAUUCCGUCAAUAACCGUGUGCCGACCCGCAGGGUGGCGAUCGUCCGAUAAGGGUUCUAUCUGUGCUAGGCUGGUAGGCCAGUCUGCUAGUGGGUGCUCGAAUAACUGCGGCAACUGGAAGUUGGCCCUGAACGCAGAGCCCCCGUGGCUUUGCUAGCACCCCCACAGCGAUCUUCUCUUAAUCUGCUUCUCUACGACUCACCCAAUUCGCAUUGACAGCUGCCUCUUUGCUGCCUAGCAUCUACAGAGUACCGAUUAAUUCCUCGAAAUCAAUCAAUAUGAAAGAUACAAAUUUAAACGAACGUAUUCACGUGUUGGACAACGAGUCCAACGUUAUGACCGUCAUUAAAGACAUUGCAAUGAGCGGUUUACAAGAAGAAGCUUUUUACGUGCUGGAUAUAGGAGAUAUCGUACGAAAGCACCAAAUUUGGAAAGAAAAAUUGCCACGAGUUGAGCCCUAUUACGCUGUGAAAUGUAACGACAAUUUAAUCGUAAUCGAAGUAUUAGCAGCUCUUGGUAUCGGUUUUGAUUGCGCAUCCAAGGGCGAAAUAAAUAAAGUCUUAAGUGUUGGAGUGGAUUCUUCGAGAAUUAUUUUUGCUAAUCCGGCCAAGCCAGCUUCACAUAUUCGUCACGCUGCUGCAAUGAGAGUGGAGACUAUGACAGUAGACAAUGAGAGCGAACUGCACAAAAUCAAGAAACUCUUUCCAACGGCCAAAAUCGUUUUGCGAAUUCGUUGCGACGCGGAGAUAGCCCAAUGCCCGCUUGGCAUGAAGUUUGGUUGCGACCCAAUAACCGAGGCUCCCAAUCUUUUGCGUCUUGCGCGUGCCCUAGGUCUCAACGUGGUAGGCAUCAGUUUCCAUGUUGGGUCGGGAUGUCAGGAUCCACCGGUGUAUCAUCGCGCUAUCCGUCAUUCUAAGAUAUUAUUUGAUGUGGCUAUCGAUCUCGGUUUUAAACCCUACCUAUUGGAUAUAGGCGGUGGUUAUCCGGGUAACAAGGGCACAAGCAUCGACAAAAUGGCAGAUACCAUCAACCAAGCGCUCGACGAAUAUUUCAAUACCGAUGCUGUUCACGUGAUCGCCGAGCCGGGCCGCUUCUACGUCGCAUCCGCAUUCACGCUGGCAACAAGUAUCCACAGUAAACGUUCCGUACGUGGAGACGACAGUUCUUCUGGCGCUAUUACGCACAAUAUGUAUUACAUCAAUGACGGUGUUUACGGAUCGUUCAAUUGUCUAUUGUACGAUCAUCAACACGUAACUCCUCUUCCUCUCAAGGAUGGUUGUGGAAAGUUGAUUCCAUCGAGCAUCUGGGGUCCGACGUGCGACGGAUUGGACAAGGUUGUUGAGAAUAUCUUGCUGUACGACAUGGAGCUUGGCGAUUGGAUCCUUUUCGAAAACAUGGGUGCUUACACAUUGCCCGUUGCUUCACCAUUUAACGGAUUUCCAGUACCUAAAGUGCACGUCGUUGCCGAUGAAAGCAUUUGGCUUUUACUGAAAGAUGUUCUGCCAUUAACUGAAGAUCAUUUUGUCAUCGGCAAUACUCCAGCUAAUCUGCGACUUGGCUUAGAUAUUGGAGGAAAUGAUAUUGACCCAUGGAUGGACGCUGAUCAACAGAUGAACUUAACACCGCCUGAAAUAUUAGCAGACGCUCCUAAUACAUCACCUUUUAUCUUCGAUUACGUUGAGGUGGAUCCGCUGAAUUAACCUUGUCUAACUUCAAGUAAUUUGAGAUAUAUUUGCAUUUUUCGAAGCUGACGCAUCUUUGUAACUUUUACUAUGUCAUUUUUAUCUUUUCCUUCUCAAUUCGAUAAUUAAAUGAUAAAUAUGUAAACGUUCGAGUAGCACAACUUUGUACAAGGUGUCUGGUUGCUUAAGCAUCGCAACGCUCACUAUACACCGAUCGAAUUCAUCCAUCUAAGUAGAAAAAUUCUCUAUUUUUUUCUUUUUUUGCAAAUUACCAUGAUAAGGAUGCAAAGAUUAAAGAAAAUUGAGGAAUGCGUACGUGUGGGUAGGACUCUACAGACUGAUUAAGAAUCCGAGAUAUAUUUCUUCAGACUACAUAUCGCAUAUGUAUUGAUAAAUUAAUUUUUUUCAGUCGAUAUCUCAAUAAUUAUCAUAGUCAUUUGCAAAAUCACAAAGGAUAUUUUUUACUCAGUUCGUUGAACUCUACAUGCGUAGGAACGUUGCAACACUCAAGUCUAAACACCCUGUAUAAUAUCUUUAACAAAGGUUUCUUUUUUAUUUGUCUCGAAAAUAUUAUCUGGACGAGAAGCGUGUCUAUAGAUUCGCUGAUUUUUAAUCUUGACGUACAUUUUUUUUAUGUAGUCUAUUUCGUAUGGAUAAGCGUACUUCAACUUUUUUUCGCUUGUUUUUGUGAAAAUCAAUUUUAUUUGAGUAAUUAUCGUAGAAAUCGCAAAUUAAGUAGAUUACGAAGAGUGGCCCCUCUGACAUUACUAAUGAAAAAAUUACUUCUUGCUAUUAUUAAUAUUCGUGAUUGUCGAUGUUUCUCCCGUUGUAUGUAACAUCAUGAUACACAGAAAUAUAUCACGGUAGAUAUUUAAUCAUAUUUUUCCGUGCAUACGUUGUCUGUGUAUAAUAGGACAUAUUAUAGCUUCUCUACAUUAUAGAUAUAGAAAUUGAUAUUUCAGAGAGAGAGAGAGAGAGAGAGAGAGAGAGGGAGGGAGGGAGGGAGAGAGAGGAACUAUAUUUGCGAACAUUUCUUGGGAGAUUUUUCACGAUUUACGCAUUUAACGUAGAACAAGAGUUACAAUUUGUUUAGCAUAAAUUAUACACAUAGUGCAUACAAAUGUAAUUUAAAUGAAUAUUUUUAUUACUUUCUCUCUCUCUCUCUCUCUCUCGCUCUUGGUAUCUUACAAAAGAACAUAUUGGCCAUGUACAUGAAUAGUAAGGAUUUGUAAACAAGGUUUUAUUUAGUAUAUUUUGGACAUAUGAAGUAAGGGAGAAUAAUUUCUUAAAAGUUUUGGGCAUUACUCGAGGCAAGUUAUAAUCUUCUUCUAAUUAACGUUUUAAGGUGUAAAGAAGGAAACAAAAGACUUCGUUAAGACGUUAAGAUGACAUGUACAACCUAUGUACUGCAUAUUGUAAGGAACAAAUGUAUUUCCUGAAAUUGUUUUGCUAUAAGCAAACAUACAAACUCUGUAGAAUUGCUAGGGACUUUACGGCAUUGAGGCAGCUGUCACAAGAUUCAAAAGCAAUUGAUCAUUUAUUAUUAUUCCUCUGUAUUUUAUGUUUAUUAUAUUAUUAUUCUUAUUACCAUAUAUUAUAUAUUAUUACAUUCUAUAUUAUUGCAUUAUAUUUUAUUAUAUAUUAUUACUUUAUAUAUUAUUGAUAUCGUUUAAUUAUGAUUAAUCGAUUAAUAAAUGUAAUGAAAUAUGUAAGAUCACAACAAA